AUGUUUUUCCAAGCAUUAAAAGCAAUGAGAAGCACUUUUUUAACGAUAUGAUCCAAAUUCUUAAGGUGAGGCUUAGCUUUCUUGGCUGACCUUACUUUAGUUUGUUUAGGCCUUGCUUGAAUUGAGGCAGUUUGGACUUGGAAUUCUUCAAUUUCGAUGACAGUUUCUUCAGCAAAUACAAUAGGAAUAGCAACUUUGGAUGCAAGUUUAUAUUCUUUUCUUUCUAAAUCCUCAUCUCAAGCUGCUUUUUAAAAAAAAAAUAAAUAGAAGUUGCCUAUUAUUUUUUAAAAAUUAGCAAAAAAUCGAUAAAAUAUUGCUCAUUAAUUUAUAAAUAAAAGCUUUAUAAUACAAAUUUUUUUAGCUAAAACUUUUAUUAUAAUAAUUAUACACAAAAUUUAUUUAAAAAUAGUUCUGCAGGACUACAAGGAGAUUUAAUAUUUAAAUGAGAAGAUUAAGAGAGAUUGGUUGAUUUCUGAUCAAGCUUUGCAACUGGGUGCUUCACUUCUCUGCUCCAUUUAUUAAAUGCUUGAGAUACUCUGUCCUUGACGAUAUGGAUUAAAUUUAGUAAAUGGCUCUUUUGCUUCCUAGGCUUGGCUUGAAUUUUCUUUUUAGGUCUGAUUGCACUUGUCUUUUUCAUGAUUAUUACAUCUUCAUAA